AUGAACCGAUGUCCUGUUGUCAACUUCCACCGUUUUCUACUCAAGUUGGUGGUGAAACAGAAAAAAGUGUUGUCGUUAAAAAAAUCUCGAGAGCAAUUUACAAGGGAUGAGGAUAUACUUCUUAUCCAAUCAUGGCUCAAUGUUUCAAAGGAUCCAAUUGUGGGAGUUGACCAAAUGGCUGAGAGUUUUUGGGAUCAAGGUACAACAUUCAAUCUUGAGUACGCAUGGCGACUGUUAAAAGAUGAACCUAAAUGGAUGGGAAAAUCGAUUGGAAGUUCUUCAAAAAUAACAAAGACUUCUGCUAGUGGGGCAUCAUCGGAGAACCCAAACACACCUUCAAGUUAUGAGUUUAACUCUUCAUCACCAAUGGAGUGUCCAAUGAGACAAAAAGCAGCAAAAAGGAAGGGUAAGGCAAAUGAAAUUCCAACUGCUAAGAAAGAUGAAAGGAAUAAAAGAACAACGAUAAUGGAAAGACUAGCGCAAUGUAAGGAGGACGAGAUAGAAGUCAAGGUAAUUCAAAUCAUGAUGAAAGACACUUCUACUAUGAGCAAUAGUCAACGAGAUAUUCAUGAAAAACAUUGUCGUGAAGAAGGGCACAAUCGAUUAUUCAAUGACUACUUCUCAGAAAUUCCAGUAUACACAGAUGUUCAAUUCCGAAGAAGGUUCAGAAUGCAUAGGCACGUAUUUCUUCGAAUUGUAGAUGCCCUUGGAAAUAAUGAUGAAUAUUUCCAAAUGAGGGUCGAUGCAACUGGUAAAAUGGGUCUUUCACCAUUGCAGAAAUGUACAUAUGCUAUUCGUAUGUUGGCAUACGAGUCUCAUGCUGACUCUGUAGACGAAUAUGUUCGAAUCGGUGAAAGCACUUCAAUUGAGUGCUUACAAAGAUUCGUUCAGGGCGUGAAUGUUGUAUUUGGGGCUGAGUAUUUGAGAAAGCCUAACAACACUUAUGUUGAACAUCUUUUACAAAUGGGAGAGUCACGUGGCUUUCCAGGUAUGUUGGGUUCCAUUGAUUGUAUGCAUUGGGAAUGGAAAAAUUGUCCUAUUGCAUGGAAAGGACAAUAUUGUCGAGGUGAUCAUGGUAAGCCCACAAUCAUGCUUGAAGCAGUGGCAUCACAAGACUUAUGGAUUUUGCAUGCGUUUUUUGGUAUUGCAGGACAUGCUCCCAAUGUGCAAUAUACAAUCAAUGGGACAUCAUAUAAUAUGGGGUAUUAUUUAGCAUAUGGUAUAUAUCUUGAGUGGGCUACAUUUAUCAAGACCAUUUCAAUGCCACAGGGAGAAAAUAAAAAAUUAUUUGCUCAACAUCAAGAAUCAGCUAGAAAAGAUGUGGAGCGGGCAUUUGGAGUGCUUCAAUCUCGAUUUGCAAUUAUACGUGGCCCAGCGCGUGCCUGGCACAUGGAGACCCUCAAGUAUACCAUAUAUGCCUGCAUCAUAUUGCACAACAUGAUUGUGGAAGACGAACGACAUACAUAUGGAGGUGAUUUUGAUUACUCUUAUGAUAAUGUGGAUAACAACAACUCAACAACAGAAAUAUUUAGUGGUCCUCAUCCGAAUCUUGAAACAAGACGAAAAAGAAGAGCAAGUAUUCGUGAAAAACAAGUUCAUCGUCAACUUCAAGGAGAUCUAGUCGAGUAUGUUUGGGAACGUUUUGGACUUGAAGAUGAUGAAAUUUAA